AUGGUCGCUCCGGGAUGGCAAAACAAGAAGAAGAAAACCUUGAAGGCGCGCGACAGCAAAAACUCGAAGGCGCUGAAAUUGAAACGAGGGACGAAAGCCAAACACGACGCGAUGAAGAAGCGCGUGAGCGGUAAAGCGCGGACGGGGAAAGCGGCGAGGCACGCGCUGCGGAACGAACGGCGCGCGGCGAGAAACGCGAUAGAUGAUGCGGCGAAGAAGGCGAGCAUGGAGAACCAAGACGUCGUGAUGAAGUAG